UUUUGAGCGCGCGAGUUCCUGUUCUCGUGACUCGUGAUGGCGCUGCCGCGGUUGCUGCUGCUGCUGCUAGAGCUCGCGUUUUACGCCUGUUGUUUCAUCUGCGGAAUUAUCACCGCCGCCUCCGUCACUAUUUCUCAGGGUGAUUUUUCAGGGAAGUGUUUGCUGUAUGGUUCUGUGCGCUUAAACGCCUCAGAAAUUGAUGUGAGCUGGUCCAGCGCAUCGUCUCUCUGUUACUUUGUGUCAGGCAUCUCGGUGUGCGUGGCUGUGUUCUGCUUCUCCACCACGCUCUACUGGGUUUACUCAUGCUGUAUGGAUGGAGAGGUCAAAAGAGAGAGAAUAUGGAUGACUUCCUUACUGCUUGUAAGCGCAGUCUUCCUCUUCUUCCUCCUGGUGACGGGAUGCAUCCUGAAAGUCGGUCGAGACAAAUUUUGUGAAUCCGUGAUCAAAACGGUGCCCAAUAUAUCCAGGUGUGAUGCAGCACAGAGCCAGAAAUGGAAAAGCCCUUUGAUUGGGUCUAGUUUCUAUAUCAAACUACUCAAUGCUGAGACGGCAGUGUGGGUGAAUUUCUUCAGCUGGAUAAUAGUAGUUGUUCUGGUAGUGGUCCAGCGUAGAUGGGGCUCUGACUACAACACUCGGCUAGAGGACCCCGGAGCCAGUCCUUCUGAAACAGAACCCUUCUUCAAACGGCCAGAACACCCCAACUGAACAUACACGAGAUGGCACUGGCACUGUGGCAUGCAUACAUUGAACACACAAUGAACCAAUCACAGAUUGAGAUAAACACCAACACACACACAGAUGCAGGCACAGUACUGGUUUUGGCUACCUCGGUCAGUGGUCGUGGUUUUGCUCCCUAGUGAUAUCCAGGCCAUGUUGCCAUGGAUACUGACCAGCAAUUGGCAGCAGUAGCUGGCAGCUAAGAGAAUGAGGUUGCCAGAUUGGCCUUACUGAUUCAUACUGAUCUAAAGACAAAUUAAAAUGCACACAUCUGACUAGAUUAAUGGCUACACUUCCACAUUUAAAUGGAUAAGUUUUAUGUGACCUGCUGGCUUCAGUCGAUGAUAAAAGCUUUGGGAUGUGUUAAAAUACCAGAAGCAUUCUAGUGUUGUAGUAAAAUAUCAUAAGUAGAUGGAAAUUUGAAAAGUUUAUUGGUAUACUUUGUGCAUUUAUAAGACUUUAGCUCCACCUGCUGUCAGUUUUUAUAAGUUCUUGUAAUGAAAAUCCAGAUGUUCAGCACUUCUAAGUAUUAUUUAUCCACUAUAUAUUUAUGCUGUCAUAUGAUUUUACCUAUAUGCUGAAAGAGUCUUCCUUGGUUUUAGAUUAAAAUAAUGCUGUUAAUGUGAAAAUAUCAUUUUUGUGAGAUAUUCCUUCUGUACAUACCUUGGAGAUAUGUGAGCAUAAUUGUGGAAAAGCGCACAGUGCUUGUGGGGACAUAAAUCUGUCAAUGGUGUUUGGUUAAGACUUAAUGCCAAAACCAUGUCAUUGCUCACAGCAGUAGAUUAAUUAGGGACAUUUACCUUCCUGCAUCCCCAACACAUAAUGGAAAUAUGUUUGACUGGCUUGUUAUCUUUGAAAUUAAUAUAGUUGUCCUUGUGAUCUUUGUUUUUAUCUGCCCAGUUGUAUACUGUGCCAUUCUGAGCUAUGUGAAAACUUUUUCCCUGUACAAUUUAUUGCAUGCCAACAUACAUGUCAUAUCAUUUGGAUAUUGCAUUAUUAAUUUUCCAUAAUUUUCUUUUUUAAUACAUGAAAGCAUAAAAAAGCAUAAAACCGAAGCCGCUUUACAUAUUUUAUUUAUGUCAGUAGUUCCCUGUAGGCAUCUGAAAAAUAUAAAUGUAAAAGUAAACUGAAUCUCUGGCUCAUGAACUAUUUUAAUAAAUUAGAUUUAAGUUUUAAUUUGUAGUAAUUUACAUGCAUAUGAAAUAUUAGGCUUAGAAGCAGGGUUAGUGACCAUGUGACUUCUUACAGGACUUACAGAAUUUGUAUCAAACACAAUUCACCUGCUUUGCCCCUUUAUUUUUUAAUUCAUUAGAGCUUUGGUGAAAUAUAAACUACCACUGGAAUUACAUGAUUGUAAAAUAAUGUGGAGAGCAGAGUAUUUUCAGGAAUAGCCUAGUGGUUCAGGCUUUGAUUGAAAAGUUUUGAAUUCAAAUCCCAGCACCAUCAAGGUUCUUGAAGCAAGACCUUUAACAUUCAACUGCGCACUUUCCUGCUUUUAGUUUUGGAGAGUGUGUACCCACGAUAGCCUCAGAUUACUGUUCUUGGCUGACAGUAAUGGUACCCACUGUGGUUUCCUUUUGUAGCCCAUCAACCUAAAGGUUCAAUGUUUUGUGCAUGCUGAGAUGCUUUUCUGAUCACCACAGUUGUAAGCAGUGAUUUGAGUUACUAUAUCCUUCCUGGCAGCCUAAAUCAUUUUCAUUAAUAAAAGUGGUCAUUUUCCUCUGACCUCUAUUAACAAUAAAGUAUCUACAGAACUA